AUGACUCUCGUCACCACUGCCAUUGCUGUCGGCAUCGCAAUGGCCAUAGCAGACCCUGUCGUCGUGACGAAGAACGGCAUCGUCUUGGGCAAGACGGUAACGAUGUUGAAUGGAACGAUGGAGGUGGAUGCCUACCUUGGGAUACCUUACGCAGCUCCGCCAGUUGGAAAGCUCCGCUUCAAGGACCCAGUGCCACCAGUCCCCUGGAAACCAUACAUUUUGGACGCGACUAGAAAGGGAUCGGCAUGCAUUCAGUUUACCCCAGCGAACCCGAUACCAUCAUGGGCAGAGCACGAGAGCAAACAGAGCGAGGACUGCCUAUAUUUGAACGUCUGGACACCACGACAAAAGAAGAACGCCACAGAGAAGCUGAAACCCGUGAUGGUGUGGAUCCAUGGCGGAGGCUUCGCUUCCGGCUCGGCUUCAAUGGACCUCUACGAUGGAGCCAUCCUGGCUGCUGCGGGUGAUGUAGUCGUCGUAUCGAUGAACUACCGUCUGGGCGUGUUCGGAUUCCUCUCACUUCCGAAAGAUCGGACGCCGGUGUACGGAAACCAGGGACUUCUGGACCAAGUGUUCGCCCUUCGUUGGGUCCAAGACAACAUCGUUAACUUCAGUGGUGAUCCUGCGCGUGUGACUUUGUUUGGGGAGAGCGCUGGCGGGUGGUCUAUAGAAUACCACGCCAUGUCACCUAUGGCACGCACGCUCUUCAGUCGAGCUAUCGUCCAGAGUGCCGGAGUCCUGGUGCCACAGCUGGCUGACACGUUCAGUGUAGCAGAGGCGAAGGCCUUGCAUCUUGCCCAUAACAUCGGAUGCAUUUCAGAUGCUAACACUACAAGCACUGUUGGCUGCCUGCAAAACAAGAGCGCUCACCACCUUAUCAUCACGCAGUCCAUUGUGUGUGCCCAUUACUUGAUGUGUUUUACCGCCGUCCAUGGUGACGACUACCUGCCUUACGACCCCGUGAGCGAAGCAGACAUGAGCACGCCCAAGGAUUUCCUCCUCGGAAAUGUUGAAAACGAAGGCUCUGUAUUCGCCAGUUUGUGGUUCUGGAUGCAGUUUCCAUUCCGCAGUGCCAUGAACGUAAACAAGCAGGACAUGCUGUACUUCUUCCUCAAGGCCUUCUCAUUCUUGCCGAACACGGUGGCCAGAGCGGUGUACAACUUGUACGUUGGAGCUCUUCGUGAGACGGAAUACCAUAAACUGAGGUCGGAAUUUGGUCAGGCCAUCGGCGACGCCUUUCUUCGUUGCCCCGAGGUGUUUUUUGGCGAGAAGUUGUCACAGCACAAAUCGCACGUCUACUACUACAACAUGGAGUAUAACUCGGAGACGGACACCCACCUCGACCACUGGCUUGGCCUGACACACUUCGAGGACGUGCAGUACGUGUUCGGAAUGCCUCUCAGAGACAGCCCUCCGAAGAACUACUCAUUUCUUGAUGCGGAAUUCAGUAAACACAUCAUAGACAUAUGGGUGACCUUCGCGAAAACUGGGGUUCCGCCAAUGAAGCAAGGUGGUUUAUGGCCGCUGUUCGACUCCACGGACCACAAGGUGGUUAUCCUGGACCACAACAGCACCCGUGCCGAGACGCUGCAACAACUAGAACGUUGCCGCUUCUGGGAGGCGAUAUUCAAGCCCGACAUCCACGGCACGCUCUCUGACUGUCUAUGAAAGUUACUGUGCUGCACACGUUGUACAAUCACUGUUCCUUACAGCACAAAGUCACGCGAACGCUAUGCGACAAAAUCAACGCGUGUGCUUUAGUGACCUGCUCUCGACCAAAACCGAGAAAGUGACGUUCAAGCGCUGCGAUACAGUGCCCGUAUAAAAUGCGAUCCGUGUAUAUAGCGUUACUUUUCAGAGUCGAGCAUACAGUAUUCCGUCAUACUUGGGCCUAGCAAGCUCCUCCACAUUUACUGCAACAUUGUUGAUAACUCCAGAUCAUUUAGCUUAACUUGAAGAUUUUUUUAUAAUGUCUGUCAAGUGCGAAAGAGAUACCAAGAAGGGUUUUUUUAUUUUUUUUGAUGUCCUGGAAGCUUCACUUCCUGCCUGUUGUUGAGAAACAUGCCACAAUGAUGCAUUUUAGCAAGGUAACUCGUAACUUUUGCUCAAAAUGGCUGCUUCCACCUUUAAUUAAGCACCUUGGCUGUCCUAUAACAACAGAAUGACAGAAUUUUCAUUAUAACAAUGAUUCAGAGAGCUUUUUUUCAUUAUUUCUACUUAUUUAUUACAUAACCAUAGGACCAUAAAUGUCAUGUGAAGUACACGGGAGGCGGUAACAUGCUGCGCCUAGCACAGAAUGCUUGGUGCGGAAAGCCUUUCAGCAGUUAUCGUCAACGCCGUGGUGUUGAGUAUGGUGUCAGAAAUUGUCGUAAGAGCCUGAGCGUUAUAAGUACACUUGCGAACAAUUAUUGGUCAAACAAUUCACUAUAUCAGCUGACAAUACAGAGAACAUGAUUACCAUGAAAAUGAAGUAUAUUUAUAUUGUGCCAACGCGUGAAAGUUGUACGUUUAAAAAAAACGAAAUCGAGCCACUAAUUACUCAUGCGCAACAUGCCUUAUAUUGGUGUGGAAUUUAAAGCGGCAGUGGAGUUAGAAUGAGUUCAUCAUCACCUUACCAAUUCCUGCUUUCUCGGGACGGAAAACGCGCGCACACACACAAAUCAUUUUAUAAUGCACAUCAAUAUUUUUUUCCUGUCAACUACUCCAGAACAUGCCUGUAGGGUGCUCCGCAGACUACAGGCAUCACAACGCUUAUCACAAGACGCCAAAGGGAAGAAAGAAUUUCGGCCUUUACUUAUAUUGGCCUUCUCUGAAGCAGUUCAAGAUCCGAGUUGUCUCUGGGAAGAUGCGUUGUUAUUUGGACGUCAGUGUUGCUGACCGAGGUAUAUCUUAUUGUACAAUAGGUUGGUCGGGCUGGGAGAUGUUACUUACGGGCAAAGUCACUCAAGAAACAAGUAAAGCAAAUUAAGCAACAAGAUUGAGCCGAGCACAUUCUCGCGGCUACGACUUUUACGACAGGGUAUCCAAACAAGCCAGCUCAAUGUGACCACUGUAUGGGCAUGUACCAUUGAUUUUCAAAAGUCUCUAAGCGCUUUUACGAGUCAUUCAUCUGCUAGCACCUAGACCCCUACUCGCAUCACGCCGAUGCCCUUGCAGAUGCCAAGACGUUCCAGACGUGCGUUGAACACGAGGUAGCAGCUCACGUGUGCGUGGCUUCACGUGCUAAUGAAGUCUAUUCUGGGCUACUAUAGAAAGGCAAACUCGCAAAUUCACACAAAUCACAUACUUUGUAUUUAUUGCUGUCACUGUUGUUUCAUCAUUGAUUAAAUUAGUCGAACCCAUUUGCCAUA